GCAGCCGGGGCAGCCUCUCCGCUUCCACAUCCGCGGAACUCCCCGCCCCGGUAAGUUCCCAGCUUCGGAAGAUGCAAGCAAGGCGCCCCUCUCUCUCCAGCCGCUCCUGGGACGCAGCAGCGAGCGAGGAUUGCAAAGCAGAAGCGGCCGGUUCUCACGUCUCUCCCCCCACCCACAACACCUCCUUUGGCAAUGCAGAAACGCGCUUCUUCGGUCGUCUUUCUCUGCAAGCAGGCGAGACAUCCACCGCUCCCCGCUGCUUCCCCGGCUCCUCACGCCCGCCCGCGGCAGAAAUGCUCCCUUCCCCAGCGAGAUCGCCGCUCGACUCCAGCGUUAGCAGGUGAAAACCAGCUCUCUGGCCACCCCCGGCAGCAUCCCCUCCCAAAAAAAAAAACCCCUUCCGACCGCGUUUGAAAUAAGCCGCUCAAAGCCCGACACAAUAAAUAAGAGAUUAUUUUUCUAAAGGGAGAAGACCCAAUUGCAACACCCGCCGCCGCUCGGCACCUUGCACUGCCUAAACCGGGGAUCCCCCUUUAGCAACGAGGAAAGCAUACGCGCGCCAAACGCAGGAGAAGGCAGAGACCUUAGGAAGCAAGUUAGCCACCCGGUAGAACUGCUUUAA